AGCCCUGAGGAACUGGGGCUGGGGGGGCACGUCCAGGUCCAGAAACAGAUGGACGUGGAGAGGCCCAGGAGGUCUGGAACCAUCCCUGGAGGUCCAGGUGUAUCAGCACCAUGGGCAGAUGACAGCGUCUUCCCUGGACCAGGUCAUCUGUAGGCCAGUGGGUGCAGGUCAAAGGUCAGGGGGCAGAGGUCAGGCAUGUGCUCAGUGAAGCAGCGUUACCGAGACAUCAGUCCCGUGACGCUGCAGGUGGUGGGUGGGGACAUGAGCUCCAGCCUUUACUGUGCGGUGGUGGAGGGUUUGGCGGCAACGGCGGCUGGCCUGGUGGAGUCCUUUCUGGUGGAGCUGUACCGCUGUAAACUGUGCCAGUUCACCUGCGGCCUGAAGAGCAGCAUCAGCACACACCUGCAGCAGAGGCACCGCCCACCCGCACUCACCUAUCUCAGCGGGGGAGGGGCCGACGCCCAGGAGGAGGAGGUGGGGCUUCGGCAGACCGAGGACGAUGAAGACUUCCUGCUAUACAACAUGCUGGACAAUAUGAGUCCGCCCACCUGUGACAUCAGCGCCGAGGCAGGGCUACAGGUCGCACACACUUGUGAGGUGAGCACCCUGUUUGAGGAGGAGGAGGAGGAGGAGGAGUGCUCCAUCUUCCCUCUGGAGGCGGGGUCAGUGGACCUGCCACACCCCCCCUCCACCCAGGAGGAGAUGGCGCAGUCUGCCCACCUCAGGACUCUGGGACUCUGUCGCAUUUCAAUCAACAAAUCACCUUCCAUCGCCUCCGUUUCUAUGCCCCGCCCCCCUCCAACUGACCACCCACCCCACCCACUUAUAUCUGACAGCGGGAGUGUGAGGAGGCGGAGUCUGUCAUGUGUCUUGUGUCCUGUGAUGCUGUCGUCACGGCGGAUGCUGGACGUCCACGUGCGGUCACACCGCGCAGGUGGAGGCUUCAGCUGCGUCUGCUGCGAUUGGACGGCUGCCAGCUGGGAGGAGCUUCAGCCUCACUGGAGGAGCCACAGCAGGGGGAGGAGCCACAGCGGGAGGAAAGAGCUGAAGAAGCAGAAGGUGUCACAGGACCGCAACAGAGAAGCACCGGGCAGUCGCCUGAUUGGACCAGCGGCCACGAAGGAGGCGGAGCUUCAUUCCAGCGCCCCCCAGAGGAAAGAACAGAGAAGAAGAACGCACACCAAGGAGGGAGGAGGGGCCACAGGAUUCUCCUGUUCACUCUGCCACAGGACCUUCUCCUCCAAGUUGACACUGAGACGACACUUGGGCGUCCACGGAGGAGAGAAAGUCCACAGCUGUCCACACUGCAGCUACAGCAGCCGCCUGAAGGGGUCACUGCAGCAGCACCUGAGGACACACACAGGUGAGAGGCCCUACAGGUGUACUCAGUGUGCGUAUGCGUCCAUCGAUCGCAGCUCUUUGUUGCGUCACUGCAGGACUCACAGUCAAGAGAAACCACACACCUGUCCACACUGUGACUACAGCAGUAUCCAAAAGAAGAGUCUGGACCUUCACCGCCGCCGCCAUCACACUGGGGAGGCGUUUCCAUGCCAACAGUGUCAGUACUCCAGUCCGGACCGCCAGCUGUUGCUGCGUCACAUCCGCAAACACCACAGCCACUCCCAGCAUGCAUCAGGGCAGCAGAAAACGUCCUCGUAGUCCCACCGACCCCGAUGAUGAAAUACCUGCACAUGACCUCAUAAUGUUAGACAUUUGAAACGGAAUCCAUCCCAUAAUUGAAUAAAGUUGUGACAUCACUGGCCGGUUUGCA